AUGACUGCAAGCACCUUUUAUUUAGCGUGCAAAAAUAAUAAUAUCGACGAACUUCAAACACAUUUGAAAACAAUAUCCGUAGAAGAUCUUAAUAAAAUUGAAUCAAAUGGGAGUACAGCUUUGCAUGUUGCCUGCUAUUAUGGACACGAAGAAAUUGUUAAAUUGUUGUUAGAAGCUGGUGCUUGUCGUACAAUAUUGAAUAUUUAUAAUUGUACACCAUAUCAAGAAGCAAAAACAGAUAAUAUCAAAGAAUUAUUUAAUCGUAUUACCAAUAAUGAUAAUGAUUCACGAUUUGUUGCCAAUUCUGGUAUUAUGGAAUGGAUACGAAUAGAUGAACAAGCAGCAAAAAGAGCUAAUGAUUUUAGAAAUGGUUUAGCUGUACAUAAAAAAUCAAGUAAUUUUCUCACUUAUAUAAGUGAAUUUAUAUUUGGAAAUCCAAUUACAACAAAAUUAUUAGCCUAUACUAGCGAAAAAUUAAAUAUAAAUGAUCAAAAUGCUAUUAAUUGGUUUAUUAAUCAAGCAAUGGAAAAAAAUGAUUAUGUAUACUUUAUAAAAGCAUAUACAGCUGAAACAAAAUUUUAUCGUCGAAUCAAUAGUGAUUUAGCAUGUUUAAGUGAUAAUGAAUAUAAAGCAUCAAUGAAAAAAUAUCUUAGUUCAAUAUCACGAACACUUUUCGAAAGUAAUUAUGACAAAGGAGCAUUUUCGGAUCAGAGAAUUCGAUGGACUUCGGAUGCAACAUUGAUAUUUACAGGUGCUCUUCUACAUGAUACUGAACUACGAAACCAAUGUUAUUUUAAAGGUACAACAUAUCGUGGUAUGCAAAUCACAAUAGAUGAACUUGAACAAUACAAAAUAAAUACGUGCAUAUUGACAAAAUCAUUUUUAUCAUCAUCAAAAAAUAUUAAAACUGCAAUUUGUUUUGCUUAUGGUGAUAAAAUACUACGUCAAAAACCAGAUGGUGAAUUAAUUAAAUAUCCCAUACUAUGUAAAUAUAUUUUCAACACUCCGGAAUAUGCAUUUGAUAUUUCUACGAAAUAUUCCGAAUAUCCACAAGAAGAUGAAGUUUUAAUACUCCCGUUUUCUUCAUUCCGUAUAAACAAAAAUGAACAAAAUAGUACAAAUGAUAUGAUCGAAUUAGAACUCGAAGAAUGUCAAUUCUCCUAUUGGCAAUAUUUCUCUAAUUGGUUCAACUAA